UUGGCUGGUUUGCUGCCCACCCGGCUGCUGUGUAUGAGCCCUGGGGUUGGCGAGGGAGGCUGGAGUAGGGGCCAUGCCUCUUUCCUUCUCUUUGGGGUGGCGACGGGAGAGGCCAAGGGGGGCUUAGUUGUGGGGGCUGAGAAGGGCAUGGAGUCAGAAGGGAAGGUCUGAGUCUCUUGAGGGAGGUGGUGGAGAAGGGGGCGGCCGGACUGGAAUGGUGGGGCUGGCUAGCAGCCUUUUUAAUGGGUAGGUGUGAAAUGGCAGCCUGUGGGGCUGGCGGAAGAUGAGAGGAGCAUGUGGGGUGUGGGGCCGCAGGAGGCAAGGGGGAAAGGCCUUGCCCUUCCCGCCCCCCCCCCCCGCGCUUUGCUGCCCCAUGUGCUGUAAGACGGCUUUGGAAGUGGAGGUGGGGUGAGGAGAUCAGGAAGAGAGGGCAAGUGUGGGUCAGCAAGUAGUGAGGGCGAGUGUAAGAGAGGGCUGAGGGGGCAGUGAGGGCCGGUGUAAAAGGUUUGGGAAAUUGUGCUGUGAACCACCUUGAGACCAGUAGUGGAAGGUGGUGUAUAGAUUGAUUUGAUUGAUUGAUUUGAUUGAUUGAUUUGAUUGAUUGAUUAAGAAAGAAAGAAAGAAAGAAGGAAGGGGGAAUUGGAAGGUGGAGAGGGGCUGGAAAACUAGAGGGACUCAGUGAAGUGGGGUUUCUAAGGUGGGUGACUGGGUGGUCUUUGCCUCCUUCCUAUAGCUGCCAGUUAGAGAACAGGGCAAGCGAAGGGUGAUGCCAGGAAGGGGGGAAAUGGGGUGAGGGCCAGUGUUGCCACGAACCGGGAUUCCCAGGUGUUGUGGCCGCCAACUCCCAUAACCCCCCAAGCAAAUGCUGGGGAUUCUGGGGGUUGUAGUCCCUGACAUCUGGGGAUCCCUCUUAGGGGGAGCGCUGCUAAGGAAAAUGGGGAGCCCAUUGGAGCGCGGGGGGGAGCCUCUUACGCUUUUGGUGAAAGGGGGUCUCGGAAAUGGCUGAGAGCUGCUCUGGGUCUGCCUCUGUGGUGCCAACUACGGGGAGGCAGACGGGAGAGCAGAAAGAUGGGCAUGGGCACUGACGUGGGAGGAAGAGGAUUUGAGGUCGCCCCGUGUGUGGUUGGCAGGAAAAGUGGGGAAGCUGCUCCCAUGGCGUUUGGGGAAUGCGUCCCUUCAGCAGCCACUCAGGAUCCAGCCCCGAGAAGCAACUUCGACCGCCAGCACAGAGAACUGAAGUGCAGAUAGCAGAACUCAAGCCACAAGGUGAGCCAUGAUUCCAGUCACAGAACUGCGCUAUUUUGCUGACACCCAGCCGGCGUACCGCAUCCUCAAGCCCUGGUGGGAUGUCUUCACGGAUUACAUCUCCAUCGUGAUGCUGAUGAUUGCGGUGUUCGGAGGGACGCUGCAGGUCACCCAGGACAAGAUGAUUUGCUUGCCCUGCAAGUGGGUUACCAAAGACGCUUGCAACGACUCUUCCAGAGACUGGCCGCCCGCAAGCCUGAAUUACCCAAACUCUUCUCUGGACACUGGGCCGACGGGGAUCAAAUACGACCUCGACCGGCACCAGUAUAACUACGUGGAUGCCGUGUGCUACGAAAACCGCCUUCACUGGUUUGCCAAGUAUUUCCCGUACCUGGUGCUGCUACACACCCUCAUCUUCUUGGCUUGCAGCAACUUCUGGUUCAAGUUCCCGAGGACCAGUUCCAAGCUGGAGCAUUUUGUCUCCAUUCUGCUGAAGUGUUUUGACUCCCCCUGGACCACGAGGGCUCUGUCGGAGACGGUGGUGGAGGAGAGUGACCCCAAGCCGUCCUUUGGGAAGAUGAACGGCUCCAUGGACAAGAAGUCCUCCACGGUCAGCGAGGACGUGGAAGCCACCGCCCCCAUGCUGCAGAGGACCAAGUCCCGCAUCGAGCAAGGGAUCGUUGACCGGACGGAGAACGGCGUCCUGGACAAGAAAGAAGGCGAGCAGGCCAAAGCCCUCUUCGAGAAGGUCAAGAAGUUCCGCACGCACGUGGAGGAAGGCGACAUCGUCUACCGCCUCUACAUGAGGCAAACCAUCAUCAAGGUGAUCAAGUUCAUCCUCAUCAUUUGCUACACCAUCUAUUUCGUCAACAACAUCACCUUUGACGUGGACUGCAAGGUGGACAUCGAGAGCCUGACCGGCUACCGCAUGUACCGUUGUGCCCACCCUCUGGCCACCCUCUUCAAAAUCCUGGCCUCCUUCUACAUCAGCCUGGUGGUCUUCUACGGCCUGAUCUGCAUGUACACGCUCUGGUGGAUGCUCCGGCGGUCCCUCAAGAAAUACUCCUUCGAGUCCAUCCGGGAGGAGAGCAGCUACAGCGACAUCCCCGACGUCAAGAACGACUUUGCCUUCAUGCUGCACCUCAUCGACCAGUACGACCCCCUCUACUCCAAGCGCUUUGCGGUCUUCUUGUCCGAGGUGAGCGAGAACAAGCUCCGGCAGCUGAACCUCAACAACGAGUGGACUUUGGAGAAGCUACGCCAGAGGAUCACCAAGAACUCCCAGGACAAGCUUGAGCUGCACCUCUUCAUGCUCAGCGGCAUCCCGGAUACCGUCUUCGACCUCCUCGAGCUGGAAGUCCUGAAGCUGGAGCUCAUCCCGGACGUCACCAUCCCGCCCAGCAUCGCCCAGCUCACCAGCCUCAAGGAGCUGUGGCUGUACCACACGGCCGCCAAAAUCGAGGCCCCGGCCCUGGCCUUCUUGCGGGAGAACCUGAAGUCCUUGCACAUCAAGUUCACGGACAUCAAGGAGAUCCCGCUCUGGAUCUACAGCCUGAAGACGCUGGAGGAGCUCCACCUGACGGGGAACCUGAGCGCCGAGAACAACCGCUACAUCGUGAUCGACGGCCUGCGGGAGCUGAAGCGGCUCAAGGUCCUGAGGCUGAAGAGCAACCUGACCAAGCUGCCGCAGGUGGUGACGGACGUGGGCGUGCACCUCCAGAAGCUCUCCAUCAACAACGAGGGCACCAAGCUGAUCGUCCUCAACAGCCUCAAGAAGAUGGUCAACCUGACGGAGCUGGAGCUGAUCCGCUGCGACUUGGAGCGCAUCCCCCACUCCAUCUUCAGCCUCCACAACCUCCAGGAGAUCGACCUCAAGGACAACAACCUCAAGACCAUCGAGGAGAUCAUCAGCUUCCAGCACCUGCACCGCCUCACCUGCCUUAAGCUGUGGUACAACCACAUCGCCUACAUCCCCAUGCAGAUCGGCAACCUCACCAACCUGGAGCGCCUCUACCUGAACCGCAACAAGAUCGAGAAGAUCCCCACCCAGCUCUUCUAUUGCCGCAAGCUCCGGUACCUGGACCUCAGCCACAACCUCUUGACGUCCAUCCCGGCGGACAUCGGGCUGUUGCAGAACCUGCAGAACCUCGCGGUGACGGCCAACCGGAUCGAGAACCUCCCGGCGGAGCUCUUCCAGUGCCGGAAGCUGCGGACGUUGCACCUGGGGAACAACGUGCUGCAGUCCCUGCCUUCCCGGGUGGGCGAGCUGACCAGCCUCUCCCAGAUCGAACUGCGGGGGAACCGCCUGGAGUGCCUGCCGGUGGAGCUGGGCGACUGCCCGCUUCUGAAGCGCAGCGGGCUGGUGGUGGAGGAGGACCUCUUCAACACCUUGCCCCUGGAGGUCAAGGAGCGACUGUGGCGGGCCGACAAGGAGCAAGCCUGAGCUGCCGCUUGGAAAGGAAGGGGGAGCCCCAGCGCCCCUGCCCCGAGGAGCCGGCGGAACUGCCGGCCACUCCGUCCCCACGCGCCUCCCGCCCCCCGGAAACCUCCGCGCCAAAAGCGGACUCGCCAAGGAGACUCCCGGGAGCCGGUGGGGAGCGAGGCCUUGCCGGUUCUGUCGGAGGGGUGGCGGACGGUGGGAAGGGAGCCCGGAAAGGCGGCUCUUGACGCGCGCCAGCUUCAGGAGGAAUCGGCCUCCAGGUCAGGAGGGUGGCGGGGAGCGGGGAGGAAGAGCGAGAGGCCUCAGGCCCCGUCUGAACCGCCUGCCGCGAUGCCAUCCCCGCUGGGACUCGAGGAACUCUGCGCGUCUCCCAUGGACAGGAGCCCUCUUCGGCCUUCAGCUACGCUUAGUGACACACGGACGUGAGGGACGUCUCCUCCGCCAGGGUGGUGUUGGGGAGGCGCCGAUCAGAGGGGCACGUUCUCGAUGUUGGCACUUUUUUCGUUUUUAAGUGGGCGAUUCUUGCUCUGGGUCAUUCCACCCCUAACCGGACCCCUAAAAAGUCUCUCCCUCCCCUCCUCCCUCGUGCUGUUUCAGGAUUAGGGCUCCCCCCACUCCAGAACCUUUGGCCCUUGGUUUUGUACCCAUCCCUGGAUGGGAUUACUCGUGAGCAUAGCAGCUCCAGGCUCUUACUUGGAUCAAGUUUUAACAUGCCUGGAAUCUUCUGUCUGCAGAAUAAAAAUGCAGGCUCUCCCCCCCCCCCCGCCACCCUCCCCCAAUUAUUUUUGGUUCCUGAAGCUCUUGCUCAGCCAGAAACACUAAGCUUCUCUGGGAGGGUGUUAAUUUUUUUUUUUUUUAAAGAAUGACUUUUUAACUCCCACACUGCACCCCCCCCUCCCGUAUUUAAAACCCUGUGUCCAGUUCAAAGGGCCCCUUUGCAUAGGGGCAUGGGUGUUGGCAGAACUGCAAAAGAAACUGACUCCCUUUUGGGGUUCUCUCUCUCUCUCUCUCUCCCUCCAGCACUGCCAGCAUCUCCCAUGAGUUUAAAAGUGGCGUGGUUUCUUCCCUCUCCGUCCCUGCUUUAUUAUUUGUACAGCAGCUGGUCUGUUUUUCGUUGGCUUCUGUGUAGCCCACGGAGGAGAGAGUGAUGGUGGGGAUAAACCAGAGUUUAUUCCAGUGGCAGUGUUUCUCCCAGCUCGGUUCCUUUGGGAACAGAGCCGGCCUGCCUCCUCUCUUACCUCUUCCAUGUCCUCAUCAGUGUUAAAAGGACCCCAGGGGUGGGUGGGUGUUCCCUCCUGGUCCGUUUGCUUCCCGCCACCGGAGCUUCCCCCCCCACACCCGCUCGGAAGCGAGGAAACACAUAGAAUUUGCACUAACAUCUAAUCUGUCCCGUGGAUGCUGAAUCACUUUAAUGAGUCCCGGUCCCGUCUCGAAACGGGCGGGGAGCCCCCUUCGCGCACCCUGGCUGCCCCCUUUUCUCGAUGUCUUCUGGCAGUCCGAAGGGUAAGGGAAGGUCACCGCUAGCUUCUCUUUCUUCUGCGUCUGAUAUAAUAGGAGAAAGACCUGCGCACGUUCGCAAUGCUGGAAACGACAACAAACUCCAAUGUUAGCCGGGCUCUGAUCUUUGUCAAUGUUUCAAUAAAGUGACAUGGAAAUACCAGGAAA